AAAGCAGUCCGGAGCGGAGAGAUUCGGCACAGUCGUUCUGUCCGGAGCUGGAUCAGGAACUGGAUCCGCUUCUGGAUCGGUUUCCGGGUCGGCAGGAGCCCCGAGAAGGAUAUCUAUGCAGCCUGAGGAUAGACAGCUGGAAGAACACGACCAGGAUGAUUUAGUUUCACAUAGGUCAGAUGAUCCCAGAGGGCUCCGCCGACAUAAAAUUCAACCAACCAGAUCAUCCAGCAACUCUUUUGUCCACAUCGCACGCAAAGAAGAAGGUCACAAGUUGUCUAAUCUGUUGACGCAGUCAACUCUGAAGAAACUUUAUGACCACAGUCCACACGAGGUUUUUGUGCAAUUGGAUGAACUAGUCGGUACAGGAGAUGAUCGAGAAUGGAAAGAAACUGCUCGUUGGAUCAAAUACGAGGAAAACGUUGAAGAGGGUUCCGACAGAUGGGGUCGUCCACACGUCGCCUCUUUGAGUUUCCACUCACUUCUCAAUUUGAGAAGAUGCUUGGAAACUGGUGCAGUUUUGUUGGAUUUGGACGAGAAGGAUCUACCAGGAGUUGCCUACAGGAUCGUAGAACAGAUGUUAGUGGACGAACUGAUUCUGGAAGACGACAAGCCCAUCAUCAUGCGUGCUCUUCUGUUACGUCACAGGCACGUGAACGAGAACGACCGAGGGUUUAUGUUCGGAAGUCGUCGGAAAUUCUCGAGUUAUACAAGUUUACAGAACUUAUCUGACGACAAAGGCAAAAAACGAGACCUCCCCUCUUCAACUUUACACAUCGACCUUUUGACGAGGAAUGCUUUGGGGUCUAAUCGUCGUCUUGGGGCUUCGGAGACCCGUGUGGAUAUGAAAGAAGAAAAUACUUAUUCUGCAUCACAAGAGGACCUUUAUAAAAAGACUCAUAACGAAGCUAUCUUGAGGAGGAUACCAACCGGUGCUGAAGCAACAACAGUCCUGGUCGGUUCCGUAGACUUUCUGGAUCAUCCGACCAUUGCCUUCGUGCGUCUCGCAUCCGGGGUGCAAAUGCCGACUUUGACCGAAGUUCCAAUACCCGUCCGAUUCAUGUUUGUCUUGCUAGGACCCGACGAUUCUGACCUGGACUAUCACGAAGUCGGCAGAUCUAUAGCUACCUUGAUGGCAAACCGACCAUUCCAUCAAGUGGCUUACAAAGCGGAAGACAGAAGAGAACUACUGUCUGCCAUCAACGAGUUCCUGGACGACUCCAUAGUGCUUCCACCAGGCGAUUGGGAGCGCCAGGCCUUGUUGCCAUUUGACGAAAUCAAAGCCAAGAGCGAGAAGAUUAGGCAGAGGCGUGCCAAAGAGGCUAAGGAGGCUGCACUGGGCGGUGAUAAAGGAGGCCCUGGUGGCGGCGGUGAUGAUGGCGGGGACGGGAAGAAAGGAGGAGACGAGAAGAAGACUGGAGGAAGUGGAGGAAAGAAAUUAGUAAGACGUGAACCUUUAGAGAAGACUGGAAAAGCUUUUGGUGGUUUAAUUAACGACAUGCGAUACCGAUUUCCAUUUUACAUUUCUGACUACCUAGACGGAUUGAAUUCACAGUGUGUUGCUGCUACUAUUUUCAUGUAUUUUGCUGCUUUAUCGACAGCGAUAACUUUUGGAGGAUUGCUCAGCGAUAAAACUCAUAAUUUAAUCGGUAUUUCUGAAACCCUGGUCGCCGCCUCUGGCUGCGGAAUCAUCUUUGCCCUGAUAGCUGGUCAACCUAUGGUCAUCAUAGGAACAACCGGACCUCUGCUCCUUUUAGAUGAAAGUUUAUAUCAAUUUUGUGUCAAUAAUGAUAUAGAUUUCUUGACAUGCAGGCUUUAUAUGGGUUUCUGGAUGGCCAUCACCGCCAUCGUGGUCGCGUCCGUGGAAGGAAGCAGGCUGGUGAAACUUUUUACGCGUUUCACUGAAGAAAUCUUCUCAGCUUUGAUCUCCUUAAUUUAUAUCUUCGAGUCCAUAAUGAAAUUGAUUUACGUCUUCAAAAGAAAUCCACUAUUAGGAGACUACUGCACUUUAUCAUUUUUGACUGAUUCAGGGAACGGAACGAGUGAUCCUUGGACCAUGCAGUCGUCGAAUGAAACUAUGAAGUUGCCGACUAGUGAUGCUUUAGGGCCGAUUAAUCAACCUAAUACGGCCUUGUUUUGCCUCAUUUUGGCGCUUGGAACUUUCACAAUUGCUUAUUAUUUGAGGAUUUUCAGGAAUGGACACUUUUUGGGACGAAAUGCCAGGCGUGCACUAGGCGACUUCGGUGUCCCCAUCGCGAUCGUUAUCAUGGUGACGAUCGAUUAUUUAGUCCCAGGCACGUACACAGACAAACUGAGUGUUCCUGAAGGACUAUCACCCAGUGAUCCAGAGAACAGAGGCUGGAUAAUCCCUCUAUUGGGCAAAGACCCUGAAAAUCCAUUCCCAGUUUGGGCAAUGUUUGCAAGCGUUGUCCCUGGAGUCUUGGUUUACAUCCUGGUGUUCAUGGAGACCCAUAUUUCUGAAUUGAUCAUUGACAAGCCGGAAAGAAAUUUGAAGAAAGGUUCAGGUUUCCAUAUGGAUAUUGUAGUGAUCUGUAUUCUCAAUGCAGUUUGUGGUGUCAUGGGAGCUCCUUGGCAUUGUGCUGCCACUGUACGUUCCGUCACCCACGUCGCUGCCUUAACAGUCAUGUCCAGGACACACGCUCCUGGAGAGGCGCCACAUAUAGUUGAAGUCAAAGAACAACGUUUGAGUGCCCUGUUCGUCUCUUUGCUGGUCGGUCUGUCAGUGCUGAUGUCCAAUCUUCUGAGACUGGUGCCAAUGUCUGUACUUUUCGGAGUAUUUUUGUAUAUGGGUGUCUCGUCUACCAGUGGUGUCCAAUUCUUUGAUAGGCUUCAAUUGUUCUUCAUGCCUGUCAAACAUCAUCCAAGAGUUCCUUACGUCAGAAGGGUCCAAACAUACAAGAUGCAUCUGUUCACUUGUGUCCAAUUAGUGGCUCUUGCUCUCUUGUGGGUUGUUAAGAGCAGUCGAGCCUCAUUGGCCUUCCCGUUCUUCCUGAUCAUGAUGGUGCCGCUGAGGCAGAAAUUGGCGAAGAUUUUCUCUCCUGAAGAAUUGCAAGCUCUGGACGGUAAACAACCUGAUGGAAGGACAGAAGAUGAACCUGAUUUCUAUGAACAAGCUCCAUUACCAGGAUAA